AUUAUUGAAUAUAAUUCUGCUGGAAGUGUGAACGAAUAAUAAUAACACAAAUAUGUUUAAUGUUCCACAAAAGUAUCGCCAAGUUUGUCGUUUGUGCCUCACUUUGGUUAGUGAAUGCGAUAUCACACAUUUACAAAUUUAUAAUUGUAGUAAUGCAACCUCAAGUCCAAAUGAUGUAGCUAAGCCCCGAAGUAAUCUAAAAGUAAAUCCGUGCAAUACAAAUGAAAUAAAAGUAUCCAAAUGUGUCUGCAAUACUUUCGACCCAAAUACAUUUUGCGAGCAAUGUAAUGAUAACAACUUAUCAGCAGAAUCAGAGCACGGUAAUCAUUUGUUAGUAGACACAUGCGAUGCUCUUGUUGACGACAAUUUCACACCAAAUGUGCCUUGUAAUUCUUCUGCCGCCAAACAAUCCACAGAUAAAACCAGUUUAUAUGCUCGUACGCUUACAAAUCUCAGCAAACUGCCAGCAAAUAAAUUACAAUUUCAACUACCAUCUACGACAGACGACAUAGUUCAGCCGAAACAAAUAGGAACUCAAUGCAAAGCAUCAAAUAUAAAAACUGUGUUCGAUAAAGUUGAAGAGAAAUCAGGAUCUGUACAUAAACAGCGGGAAAAUGUUACUGAUAAUGCUAAAUUAAUGGAAACUAGAAAGCAUCAAUUACAUCAAAUCAGUGAAAAUACAUUGCUUGACGAGGAGUGUAGUUCACAAGACCAUAAAGAUGAUUCAUCACCGCACAUUACAAUUCAGAUAUUCAACUGUCUCUCUAUUAAGCCAAUGCCAAAUGAUGGGUUUCCUUCCAUUGUUUGUCAAGAAUGCAGGACCAAACUUGUGUCGUUUUGGAAAUUCUGGAAUAUGGCACAUAAUUCGCAUAACGCUUUAACAGAAUUCCUAACAAUGUAUGAAUCAUCAAAUUUGAGUUCCAACAUAUUGGAGACAAAACUGGACUCAAUUUUAAAAACAUCAUCUGAAGCAAUAGCUGCAAAGGCAUUGACUGAGUUAAGCAAAUCUACAAAGUCGCGAUAUAGUCAGCGGCAAACGAAGCUUGAUGAUAUUUAUAAAAGUCAUAAAUGUAAAGAUCGGCAAAUGCAAAAUAAGGCAAUCGAUAAUUCAAUAAACCUGCUGGAUUCAAACGUACUUUCAGCGGAGAAACCAAUAUUUGAACACAUUGAAAACGAAGCUGAAAAGAUUCACAAUAAUUCAGUAGUGGACUCUGCAAAUAAAAAGUCAGAUUCUACACUAGACAAAGUGAUAGAUUCUAAUUUAAAAGAAUCACACGUUGAAAAAUACAAAAAUCUGCAACAGCAAUUAGAGACUGCCGCAGUGCUUAUGGACAUAAGUAAAAAAAUUGUCAUUUCACCUCCUUGCUCGAAUCCUCAAUCUCCUUGUGUCUCUGCAACAACAGAUAUAAGUAUUAAAAAGUCUGUGAUAAAAUCAAAACGUCCGUCAUUUGGUGGUGACCUGCAAGAAGGUGUUGAAAUCGAUUUAUCCGUAAAAAAAAAAAAAAAAGAGUAUUGCAAUGAUCGAGUUGUUGUUCCAACACAUGGAAGCCAUUGUUCACCUUCGAUACUUGACAUUCAUUCAAAUCGGCGAAGUACUGAGAAUCUGAAGAAUUAUGGUAUUAUGAUUAAUGCGGUUGAUGACACUCAAAGUUACAAUCUGAUAUCGAAAAAACUGGACAGCGAAAAUAUUGCUAAUUGUAUAUCUGAUUCUGAGGAUAGUUCUGAUUCUAAUAAAUUAGAAAUGGACAUAUCAUCUUCGGUUAAUGACAGAAAAACCCCAGAAAGUGUAACUUCCGAAAAUGCAACUGAUGCUGCUACUACUCAACUUUGGCAAGCGCUCGCUCGAUCGGCUGCCAAAAAUAAAGAUGAGAAUCGAACAACUCAAAUAUUACGAAAUAUGAUAAGUCAUUCAUUUGUAUUUCCUGUACCUUCAGCAUUGACAAAAGUACCUGAGGAACCUAUACCACUUUUAAAGGAAACUACGGAUUCUCAAUCAAGUGUAGUGAAAAUAUGUAGAAGAAAACAAAGUUUUCCUACUAAGACGGAUUGUGUCGAUGCUUCAGAUGGUAAAAGCACAGAUACCCUUGCACACUCUGAGAGCUUGCUAACAUCAAUGGCUGAAGGAAUAAAAGAAAAAAAGGACAUGUCAUGCUCAAACUGUGGUACCCUAACAACGACAAUCUGGAGGCGGAGCGUCCGAGGUGAAAUGGUUUGCAACGCGUGUGGAUUAUAUUUCAAAUUACAUGGUAUCAAUAGACCGCAUUCCAUGCGGCGAGAUACUAUACACACCCGACGUAGGCGUCCAAAAGAAUGUGAAAAAUCUAAAAAAAGAAAUAGACAGUUACCAUGCAACUUAAACAUUGAAUACGAAGCUGAUAGAGUUAUUCAACCUGUAGUAUCUAAGCAUCCGGAUUUUUCUACAAAUAACGAAGCACUUAGUAUAUCAGAUCUAGUUUUAAAUAAAUAUAAAAUGGAUAUACCUGAUAUGGGAGCGACAUCAACAUUAAAAGAUGUUAUUGUGAAAAGAAAAUCACAAUCAUUGCCGGAAUUCGAUAAAACACGUGAUAGCGAUGAGUUAUCUGUACCUCUUAAUCUUGUUUCCAGUGAAAAUAAUGCAAAGUUAACAUAUAACGCCAAAUAAAUUAUUCAAAUAGAGAGCCUUGAAACGCACAUAAUAUAAUUUAUGAAACCAAGUUUAACUAAUAAUCACUGAAAUAUACACUGAAUAUAUGUACACAAUGUACAUUGUACAAGUAUGUAAAAAAU